CCUGAUUCCAGCAGCAUCAUAACCCUAAAAUGUAUGCUUUUAGAUUAGAAUAUUAGAACAAUUUUGAAAACAUAAUUUAAAAUACUUGUUAAAAAUGUCUAAAAUAACCAAUUUAUUAACUAGAUGCAUAAAGCACCAAAUUCGACAACCAAAUAUACGCCACUUCACAACAACUUAUACAUGUUUUGUAUCAAAAAACAACCCUGAAGCCACAGAAAUAGCCUCUUCCUAUGAACAAUUCAAAAUUGACCAACAGCGAGAUUUGAAGGAAUCUUCUGAAGAAAUUCUGGACGUCUACAAGGAAAGACUUAAAUAUUCGACACUUCUGGAAGAAAAUGAGGAGACUACAAGUAGAUAUGCUAAUUUGAACCUAACUCGAGGAGUACAUGGAGUUUAUGAUAUAGAAGACCUAAUUGAAGUCCUAAAAAAUCAACAGGCUGAAGAAAUUUUCGUAGCUAGCAUCCCCAAAGAAAUAAAAUAUGUUGACUACAUUGUGGUAGUUUCUGGAAGAUCACAGAGACACAUGCAAGCCAUGGCACAAUUUGUUAAAAGAGUCUAUAAACUCAAAAGGAAUAGUUUGGAUAUUGUGCCUAAGGUUGAAGGAGAAAAUUCUCCGGACUGGAUAGCCAUGGAUAUGGGCAAUAUUGCUCUGCAUAUAUUUUCCAAAAAUAGUAGGUUGGUUUACGAUCUUGAUUGUUUGUGGGCGGUGGGACCCAAAUAUGAUGAAGAGUUUAAUAAAAAAGAAGCUUUGUCUAGUUUACUGGAAAGUCAUACAUUCUCUCUGGAAGGUUUGGAACCAGCAAAAUGAAAUGUUUAGGUACCUACCUAUAUUAUACAUUCACAGCCUGAUAAAUAUACCCUUGUUAUAUAUGUAUACCUUAUGUUAGAACCCUGGCUAGAACACCUCUUGGAGGGACUGCGUGUGACAAUCAAAGUGAGGAGUUUCAUGCAAUAAAUGUGUUAAAAGUUUGUAUUUCUUUCAGGUUUUCAAAUAACGGCAUUCCAUUGGACUUUUUUUGAGAUUUUUUAGAAAAAUGAUGUGCCUAUAUUAUCUCUGGGUAUAGGAAUUUUGAUUAAAAAAAUUGUACCUAUCUAAAUAUCUUGUAAAAUAAAAAUCGUUAAUUGCA